CUCCUGUCCCCCUCCACCAUGAGUGACAUCUACGAGUCGGCGGCCAACUCUCUGGGCCUCUUCAGCAGCCCCUGCCUCACCAAGGUGGAGCUGAGACUGACCUGCAAAGGGAUCUCAGACCGAGAUGCUCUGUCCAAACCGGACCCCUGCAUCAUCCUCAAGAUGCAGUCCCACGGGCAGUGGAUGGAGGUGGACCGGACAGAGGUGAUCCGCAGCUGCGUCAACCCCACCUACUCCAAGGUCUUCACCUUGGACUUUUAUUUUGAAGAGGUGCAGCGUCUGCGCUUCGAGCUGUAUGACAUCAACAGCGGGCACAACGGGCUGAGGGAGGCCGACUUCCUGGGGUCGGUGGAGUGCACGCUGGGACAGAUCAUCUCCCAGAGGAAACUGUCCAAAGCUCUGCUGAGACCAGGAGGAACGGUCGGGAAAGCCAUCAUCACUGUCUCAGCAGAGGAGCUGACGGGGAACGAUGACUACAUCGAGCUCUCCUUCAGCGCCAGGAAGCUGGACGAUAAGGACUUCUUCAGUAAGUCGGAUCCGUUUCUGGAGAUCUACAGAGUGAACGACGACGCCACCAUGCAGCUCGUCUACAGAACAGAGACGGUCAUGAAUAAUCUCAAUCCUGUGUGGAAAACCUUCAAAGUUUCUCUGAACUCGCUCUGCAGAGGAGACCACGAGCGGAAGCUGCAGUGCACCGUGUGGGACUGGGACUCCAACGGGAAACACGACUACAUCGGGGAGUUCGAGGCCUCGUUCAAGGAGAUGAGGGGAGCCAUCGAUGGGCGACAGGUCCAGUGGCCGUGCAUGAAUCCCAAAUAUAAAGUCAAGAAGAAGAACUACAAGAACUCUGGGAUUGUUAUUCUGAACCAGUGCAAGAUCAUCAAGAUGCACUCCUUCCUAGAUUACAUCAUGGGAGGCUGUCAGAUCCAGUUCACCGUGGCAAUCGACUUCACGGCUUCUAACGGCGACCCUCGGAACAGCUGCUCUCUGCAUUACAUCCACCCAUACCAGCCUAACGAGUACCUGAAGGCCCUGGUGGCCGUGGGGGAGAUCUGCCAGGACUACGAUAGUGAUAAAAUGUUCCCGGCGUUCGGCUUCGGCGCCCGGAUCCCCCCGGACUUCAAGGUCUCCCACGACUUUGCCGUGAAUUUUAACGAGGACAACCCGGAGUGUGCAGGUAUUCAGGGCGUGGUGGAGGCUUAUCAGGCAUGCCUGCCCAAGCUGCAGCUCUACGGUCCCACCAACAUUGCCCCCAUCAUCCAGAAGGUGGCCAAGUCCGCCUCACAGGAGGUCCACACCAAAGAGGCCAUGGCCUACUUCAUCCUGCUGAUCCUGACCGACGGCGUGAUCACGGACAUGGCCGACACCAGGGAGGCCAUCGUCCAGGCCUCGCACCUGCCCAUGUCCAUCAUCAUCGUGGGGAUUGGGAACGCUGACUUCGGAGACAUGCAGAUGCUGGACGGAGAUGACGGGAUCCUGAGGUCCCCCAAAGGAGAGCCCGUCCUCCGGGAUAUCGUCCAGUUUGUCCCAUUUCGCAACUUCAAACAUGCGUCUCCAGCUGCUCUGGCGAAGAGCGUCCUAGCAGAAGUGCCCAACCAGGUGGUUGACUACUACAACAGCAAGGGCAUCAAGCCCAAAGUGCCCAGUGAAUACCAGUCUUCCAGGCCGUUCGGGCCCUAAGCUCCGCCUCCACAGCGGCCCAGCAGAAGCACCUCAUGAGAACUUCACCAAAUGUUUACUGUUUCAUGUUCUUUGUUGAAGCGGACGCUGAAGGUGACACUGCUCAAACGUCUUUGCAGUUUCACUCGGUUCUUACAAGAAAGUUUUAACAGAAGGAACUUUUUAGAACCCUCUUGGUUCCUGGUUUUCCUUCUGCUACUUCAGUACCUGAACUUUCAUGAUUUCAAAUAAGUUAGCUAAAGGUAGCUUUCAGAUGUCAUUGUUAGAUUUAGAGCAUUUCUUUGAUGGAGGAUCCUUCUGUGGCUCACUGCUCUCUAAGAACCAUAUAGGUCCAGAGUCAGUUCAGUCUGGAGAAAAGGUUCAGGUAAGUUCUCAGCUGUUCACUUUACUGUAGGAAGGACCCUUACAGGAAAGUGGGGUUGGGAGCAAGUGGAGGGUCACAACGUUGUUUUCCUCCAACUUCUCCUUGAGAGUUUAAUCCUUUCAUGCAUAGUGAUCACUACUGUCUACAGCUAUUUAAAAUGUUUUUAUAUAUACCUUAAAUUUUGGGCAGGUCUGCAUAUAGUCCAAUCUAGUGGAAGCUAUUGCAUCGUUGCAUACAGAAAAUUCAAAUUUGUUGAUCAUUGUAAUGGAAAAAAACAACAACACAGAGACAGGAGAAUUUAGAGAAGCCAGUUAACCCUAAGGUCUGGUUAUCCUCCCGCAGCAGCCUGUCGCAGACAUUUUUGAUUUAUGCCCAAUAUUA